AUGGGAGAGGACGGCAUAAAACUGCUUCAGCAGAGGCUGGCCGAACGAACCCGCGAAAAUAAAGCAACUCGCGAAGCAGCCCUAGAGAACAAAUUUCGUAAGCUGCCUGCUUCAAUGUCAUCCAAGAACGGCAAAGUGGUGCACAACUUGUCGUCAAAGGAGCUGACGGAGGAACAAAUGCAGGUUUUACGGCAUGAGGCCUCAUUCAACACAGCCGAUGCCAAACCUGACAACAUGAUCGCAGCAGUGGAAUUAAUCCUCAGCCAGACGGGAGCGACAGACGAAACGAAGAACCGCAUUCGAUACCAAGUGUCCUCCGUCCUCAUGGCUCAUAGGCCGCGCGACGUGCUUUCCAAGGUCGAGCGUGAUGCACUUAAGGAACUCAGGGCAGACAACAACCUCGUUAUCGUUCCUGCGGACAAGGGGCGUUAA